AUGAACGGGUCCGUCAUCAUGUCAGACUCAUCUUUGCAGCCGAGUUUGAAGGAGGUGGAGAAGAUUAUAGGGUAUGAAUUCAAAAACAAAGGCUUGUUGAAAGAAGCUUUUACUCAUUAUACUUACAAAGAUAUCGAUUGUUCUGAAUCCUAUGAACGACUAGAGUACCUUGGCGGCUCGUUUCUGAACCUUAUGAUUGCCAAAGAACACUAUCUCCUGUACCCGGAUAUGACAUCUGGUGAGUUGACUCGGUUGCGUGCUGCCAAUAUAGACAUCGAAGCUUUGGCUCGUGCUGCCUUCAAACAUGGCUUACAUCGGUUUCUCAGGCACCAGGAUCAUUUAUAUGAUGAAUGGAUUCAAGAACUCAUAGAAGGAAUCAAGGAAUACCCAUUGCACUCCACUGGUUUGAUCCAUUCGCCUAAGAUCUUUGCAGAUAUUCUCGAGUCUCUAGUUGGUGUUGUCUAUGUUGACACCAAUUUAUUGGUCGAUGCUACAUGGGAGGUGGUGAUGAACUUGUUACAACCUUUGGUCAUACCAGAAAACCUUAACUUAAACCCUGUUACGAGGUUUAAUGAAAUGUUCCAAAAGAUCGGGAUAAAAUCAGAAUAUAAAGAUUUGUGGGACGAUAGAAAGGAAAUUGAAAUAUAUGUAGAUGAGAAGUUAAUUGGGAUAGGAAACAACAAGAACAAGAAAACAAUCGCAAAGAAUAAAGCUGCAGCACAAGCGUACGAAAAUCUUGCCAAGCAAUUGGCUAUGGAAAAUGGUGCAUUUGUUUAUGAACUUUGA